GGAAGACUGACUUCUCUACAUCAUGGGGAGCACCUGCAUAUCAGGGGUAACACUGGGAGACAGUGAGGGUCUGACAGUGGAAAGAUCGCCUUCAAAUCAGGACCAACUCAUCAUUGACCUCACCACCCCACCAGCCUCCCCCACCCCUACGAGGUCUUCGCCCGCAUUCGGCUCUCUCUGGACUCCAGCUGCCCCUCCACCAUCACCGAGUACUGGGCCAUCUCAUGCAUUCAGCUCUCUUUGGACUCCAGCUGCCCCUCCACCAUCACCGAGUACUGGGCCAUCUCAUGCAUUCAGCUCUCUUUGGACUCCACACACUGUUGGCGCUGAUCGAAUUGCGGUUGUUCCACCAUCAAGAUUGAACGAUCCUGAAAGAGAGGAAGAGGCUUCAGGAGUUGCAUCUGGGGUUGACCGCGAAGAGGAAGGAGGACAGCAAGCCUCUGCAGAAGACCGGAGCGAAGAUGUGCGCGGUGAUUAAGGCUUCCAGAAAUCGUAGAAAUCUUCCAACAAAUCUUCCCUCUUCUUAUCUCCCGCGAUGUAAGCUGCAGUGAUCUCUUCAACCUUUUCCAGAAUGUGAUCUUCUUCCCUCAGAUCAUAAAGGAAAGCGUCAGCUGCGCCUUCCACUCUAGCCUCCACGAUAUCCAACCCGAUUUUCUCCAGGGUGUGCUUGAGAGCCGGAAGAAAUUCCCAGGACAGCAAGUCCACUACUAACUCUUCAAAGUGAGCAUAAAAAUAUCCGCGACCUGGAGGGUACAGACAGGCGUGUUGAAUUUGACUCGGGUGAUGUAUUUGACAGCCAUAGCAGUUUUUUUUCAUAUGGCGUACCACAACUGCUUUCACCGCUGUAGCCACACAAGCUUUUACAAUAUCCAGGAAAUCCCCACUCGUUGACAAUCGAGACUGUGGCAGAGGUGACCCAGGCAUGCCGUUGAAGAGAGUGGGCCCGGUGUACACUCUAGCAGGCCGAGGCAGAGAUGUCCCUGGCAGCGAGUUGAAGAGAGUGGGUGGAGUGUAGACUUUACCAGGGCGUGGGAG